UCUGCGCGGCCCCCGGGAAGGAAGCGCUGCGCCUCGCUUGGCCCGCGCAAAGGGCCGGCAUUGCUAAUUCUGGUCUCCCCGCACCGGCUCCUGCGAGGAAGACGAGCGAGGUGCGCGCUAGCAAGUCUUCAGGGUCCGCUUUCGUGCUGCUGCCUAUCACAUACAGGUUUAUCACAAGGCGUUUUCACACGUGGCGUUGAAAAGCGUAAAUUGCCUUCGUCACGUUCACGCUGUCUUCCUGAGUUAUCUUAAAGAAAGCCUCUAGUCUCGCUUUUGAUUGCUGUUUUGUACGAUGCUGCUCGUGAAUGCCUUUACCAAUGCAGUCUUAGGAAUCCUUACUCAAAAGUAAGCCUUACCGAGCUCCGUGGGGUUUACCGCUCGUUAGUGUGCAUAGGAUUCCAGCGCAAGUGGACGUGCGAAGGACAACAAAUGCCUGUUGAAUUGCAUGCUGACCUCAGUGUAUUUCUUCUGAGACUUAUUGAACAUAAAGGUAGUACCUGGAACCCCAUAGAGAACUGCGUGGUGUUGACCUCAGUCAGCAUGUUUGAGAGUCUACAGGAACCUCAACUCCAGUGCCCCCUUGACUUGGAGCUGGAUGGCAAGAUAAACAGCCAGGUGGAUCGAUUGGAUGAGGCUGGCUCCCUAACAGAACCCAUUCCCCACCAGCUAGGCUUUUUGCCCGUCAGCGGGAGGUUCCUCAAAUCUGAAUCGGAGGAUUCUGGUGUUGAAAUGACCAGCAAUGAUCACUCUCCCUCCAGCACGGAGGGCUCAGAGAAAAGCUUCUCUUUGGACUGUCUUGAUGGCUUCCGGCCUUCGAUGGAAGACUCUCCACUACAUUCCAUUGCAGCUCCCUGCCAAGGCUGCCCCAAAGGUGAAGAGCAGGAGGACCUGGGUCCCAUCCAGGAUCGUGCCUACUGCCGGAAUCUCUCUGCCAGCAAGAAGUUGGCCCAGGUGGUCCAGCGGUCUCAGAAGCACCAUCUGCCUCGCCGAUCCCCCAGGCAGCUGGGUCAGAGGCCCUGUAGCCCAGUGGACUUGGAGGGCCUGAAUUCCUAUUGUUUGCACCGGGCAGCGAGCAUUGACGAGAAUGUGGAUGCUGCUGCAGGGGAAUUGAUUCCUAUGUUGUCUGGCAACAGCACCCCAGAGGAAUGGAGCCCACAAGGACAGGUGCACGAGACUUUGCUGACCAUGCCUGGGCAGGGCUUACGGUACUUGGAGCAUAUUUGCCAGAUGCUGGAGAAGAUCGCCCACCUGCAGCAAGCCAACCUUCAACUUCAGCAUCAGCAGCAGAUUAUGGAGUGCCGGGUGCGAGUCCAGGAAUCUGAGAAUGAAGGCUUUUCUGAAGAUGUGCCAGAUGUCCCCGGGCUGAUGACACUUGAAAUGCAGGCUGAGGAUCCAGCAGCCAUGGAAGAAGAGGAGCAUCUCAAAUCCCACCACUUCCGGGCCCGCUCUGCCUCGGACACGCGUGCGCUACGGAGGAGCCCAGCCCGUAACCUGGGGAACAAGGCUGGUUGCCCUCAGAAGUCAACAGCCCACUCUGCCAGCUCUCCCAGUUUGCUGGAUCAGCUAGAUGGGGGCUCACACACAUUGCCACCAGGCAUGAAGCUCAAGGACCACUCUCACUGGGGCAAAGUCAAAGGGCUGAUCAGCAGGAUUACGAGGAAAUCUGUGUGGGCCAAUGAACCAAUCCCAUCUGGCGAGCCUGCCCCCAGCAGCAGGCAGUGUAGAACAUAUACCAUAUUGGACAAAGAAGAAUCCCAACCCAGGUGGCGUUUCCUGCCCACUCUGGGGGCAAAAAAGCACAGAUCGAAACACCUUUCCAUGCGGUGAGCCACAGGUUCUCUUGGAGGUAUGGCAGGUCUGGGGGCCCCGUCAGUGCUGUCAUGCACAUGGACUGUUCUUCCCUUCCCUGUGAGCUUAUCGGGAGCCGAAAUGCUCCACCCACUUUGUGAGGGUGGUGAGAUUUGAAUCCCCCUCCAGCGGAAGAGAGAAGAGACUUUCAGAUAAAGAAUGGACACACAAAAGCCCCCACCUAGCAAAAUGAUUCUCUACUAUGAAACCUUUCCAACCAAGUGGAAACAUAACCGCUCACUGCAAGCCACAGUCUGCAAAUUGGAAGCCCAGCCUUGUGAGCAAAUCCUUCCUCCUCUUGUAAUUUACCCCUUCUGUUGUGUUUUAUUGUUUUCACAUUACAUAUGCACCACUGCAGUAACGUAAACUAUGCAUCAGCAUGGGCUUUGUAAACCAUAGUUAGGAGGGGACCUGGUAUAAAUUAACCAUGAUUUGUAUCAGCACAUAUAUUGUAUCGUGUUGGGUCUCUAUUUACAAACCAGUCUACAGAGAGCCAGUUUUAUAUUGGCACAUAGCCUCAUUUUCUUUAGCCUGCCCUUCUUUUUAUUUUUAUACACUGUCUUUGGGACAGAUCUCCCUGAGGCUGGUCCUCUGGAGAAAACAGGUUUUAGGUCUGUCUCAUACACACCACCAAAAACAUCACCAUAUUUGGCGUUAGAAAGAUCCUUUCCCAUAAUUGCCAACUCAUUGAGGCUGCCAUCUCAUUGAUUAGGAGUGUGGGCAUAAAAUCUCACGUGAGUAGUUGCUAGGUGAGGACGAUGGCUCAGAGGGGAGAGGAUAGACCUCCUCAUCUCCACUAGGAAAUCCCUGCAUGGCAGAAUGUGAAAUAACUUAUUGGCCCUGCCUUUAAUUAUGAUUUGCCUUAUUAAACAAAUGACUGACACUCCACAUCUUUUUGUAUGUGCUAUAUACAGCAACUUCACAUAUGCCCUGUAUAUAUUUAUAUGGCCUAAUGGUCACACAUGUAUGUGUAUAUAGAUGGAAAUUGAUAUAUUCACAAGUUAUAUAAAAAUGAGGAAAAUAAAACUAUUUGCAGACUUUUUUACAUUCUGCCUUUGAAAUUAUGUUGGAAGAAAGUUA